CGUGUAUGAAGCUUAAACAUACAACAAAGUCCAACCCCAGCUCCAAGUUGUGGUGCAUCUAUAUUUAUACAGUUCUCAUUCUCCCAACAAUAUUGUUUGUAUUGUAUUGUCGUCAUCAUCAUACAAUGUCAAAUCACAAUAGCAAUCCAGCUUCACAACCAGAUCUUGAUCAACCUGAUGCACCGGGUUUGAAAUUGGCACAAUUUGGAGCAGGAUGUUUCUGGGGUGUAGAACUUGCUUUCCAAAGAGUUGAAGGUGUUGUGAAGACAGAAGUUGGGUAUUCUCAAGGUCAUAUUCCUGACCCAACUUAUAAAUUGGUUUGCACAGGAACUACUAAUCAUUCUGAAGUUGUGAGAAUUCAUUAUGAUCCUAAUCUCUGCCCCUACACCAAUCUCCUCUCUCUCUUUUGGUCUCGUCAUGAUCCUACUACCCUCAAUCGCCAGGGUGGAGAUGUAGGAACACAAUACAGGUCAGGGAUCUAUUACUACGAUGGAGAUCAGGAAAAGUUGGCACGGGAAUCAAUGGAAAUUAAGCAGAAUGAGACGAAGAAUCAUAAGAUAGUUACUGAAAUAUUACCAGCUAAGAAAUUUUACCGAGCUGAAGAAUAUCAUCAGCAAUAUCUUGAAAAAGGUGGAGGAAGAGGUUGCAAACAAUCUGCAAACAAGGGUUGUAAUGAUCCAAUCAGGUGUUAUGGUUAGAUCGACUUACAUACAACUGCUUGUCUGGUUUCAAAAUAAUAAUCCUAAUAUCAUUUGAAUUUUCAUCCCACUUUGUGUAAUUUAUGUUAUUAUUGACAAGAUUAGUCAUGGAAUCGAAUUGAUUGUUCUAUUUUACAAUAGAGCACAACUCCUUCCUUAUACAAUUGAUGAUAAACUAGAGGGAAAAGGUACCUAGUAUAUACGGGAUAUGUAUUCGUAGUUGUUGUUGGAUA